GACUAGGCACAGAGCGGAGGCAUAGAACAGAAAUAUUCGACGUGCUGUUUUUUAGACGCUAAGAAAAGUUAUUUACGUGUUGGCGAACGUGGAAAACCUAGAAGUUAGAGCAAGGAAGGGCUCAGGUUCAUGGAGAUACGGGCAAUUAAUGAAACUAUGCCUGAGGUGGAAAGUUCUGGUAAAUUGAAGUUUACUUCGGAGCACGACGACCAAACUGAGUCAGCUUUCACCAAUGCAUCCUUCCCCGUGGUUUGCGAGGAAGAUUUGUUGCUUACCCUUAGCAGCUUCAUAAGCGAUUGCAAUGAGAGUUCAGUCGUAGCAUUAAAAGAACCUUUGGAUCAUGAGCUUGCUGUUGGGUCAUCAUCGGGAAAAAAAGAGAGAAAAAAGCCAAAAAAAUGCAAGAAAAAGAAAAAGAGAAAAAACCAUUAUGGUAAAAAAAACCAUUAUGGCCGCCAAAGGGGCAGUCAAGGAGAAUCAAAAGGAAGCUCUGUAACCUCAAAAGACAAUGGAAGCAAAAUGCAUUGUGACCAAAGACAAAAUUUGAGAAAUCCCAAAUACAAUCCUCAAAAGUCAAAUGCUGAUGAUGGGGGCUCAGAUGAUGAAGACAGGGGCAAACAUGACAAAGUCUAUAGAGGACAUUAUGCAGGACUGCCUCAAGAAGAGGAAGCAAGAGUAGUAGAAGCUUUGUAUGAAGAACACAAAUCCAUCAUUGUGCAGACUGAGAGGGAUGCUUUGGAAAGGAUAAGAAAGUUUAUAUUCCAAAGGAUGGAUCCCAGAUAUCAAGAUUUGGCAAACAGGAUUGGGCGUAUUAUUGUGCAUGCAUCCAUAAGACAAGAAGUUUGUGCAUCCUGUCCUGAAAAAGAUUCUUGCAAGGAAGUCAAGUACUUGUUGUACCACAAUAAUAAAUGCCAGACUAUUUUGUGCAAGUUUUGUGAGAUUGUGGAUUGUGGCACUUUAAGUCAUGCAAUAGGAUGUGAGCAAGAUAACUGUCAUGUUGGCAAAUGCAUGUAUUGGAAAACUUGGCUGCAAAGAAGAGACGAGAGAAAAGUAGACGGGAGAGUGAUCUACAGUACAACCACCUUGUUGAGAGAAGGUUCCGUUGUGCGCGAGGACGUAGAUUUCACGUUCCUUCAUAAAAUAAAGCUUGGCAAAGGAGGUGGUGGCCAUGCAUACAGGGGGUGGUUCUACCAUGCGGAGAAAGAAGUAGAGGCAGACCUUGCUGUGAAAGAGGUUAAGAAGGACCCAACAAAGGAAGCAGAAAUUUACCGAGCGAUCCGCCAAAACCAUCCAAAUCUACUUGGUGCAAUGGCCAUCAUAAAAUUCAAUUGCGAGAGGACUCUUAGCAACGGCAUGAAAAGUCGCGGUCUUAUCCUCAUGGAACGUGCAGACUGCACACUGUACGAUCUGAAGAAAGCGUACAGGGAACAGUUCGACCGUGGCUUGCCAUUAAGGGACUGCAAAUACUAUUUUUGUCAAAUCCUCGAAGGGCUGCGGUAUCUUCACUCGAAGCAGAUAGUUCACAAAGAUAUCAAAGAUCUCAACAUGUUGUUGUCCAACAAUUUAAAACAUUUGAAAAUAUGUGACUGGGAUCUGGCAAUUUCACUGCAGCAGGAAACUACAGAGAGACUUCCAGCAGCAGGAACACCAGGAUUUGCUGCUCAAGAGGUUUUAGAUGGUCGCUGCCACGGAACUCCAGCUGAUAUCUUCAGCGCUGGAAUAACAUUCCUAGAAAUUUGGAAUGGUGGAAUGUACCCCAAAAAGUCAGACAAAGACGGGUCAGGCGUAGAAAAACGUCGUUUAGAGGCGCUAAAACGUUUGGAAAAAGAAGACGGUGAGCUUUGGCGUCAAGUCAGUCGCUGUUUGUCGAAUAAGCCUGAAGAAAGACCAACAGCGCACGAGCUGGUAAACCACCCAUGCCUAAAGAUUGGAUGUGAUUACAAUCCAAAUCUACCAGCACCACAGCUGGCUGGGGUGCCAGACUUGCUGGAUUUUCGCUAUAUUGCGGGUAUUGGCGGUGAAGCUGGGGAGAGCAUCAUGCAAAAGGCGGGGGAUAUUGUUCGGGCCAAUCCCGACGAGAUUAAAGAUAUGAUGGACCAGCUUCCAAAAACACUACCCAACGAAAAUAUACCCCAGUCAAGUACCUGGGCCCAUUCUAUGGCCCCAACGGAGGAUAUGGAGAUGGGCGAACAAGAAAACGAAACAGCCAUGGACAUCGAUUAGCUUGAGAUGAAAGGGACGCUUUCUAGUGGUAUAUAAUGCCAAGCAAAUAUCCGCGAGGAAAAAAAAUCAACUGUUUUAUUCUCUAUGUUGUUGUUUUGAUGCUGUUGACAUUAGCCAAAGGCUUCAAAGCCCACUGGACUUCAUUCUUUGAGACAAACUUUUUUCCGCUAGUUUUGUGCUCUACAGAAAUGUAUCAGUAACUUAUUUUGGCAAGUAAAGUUAGUCUAUUCUUAUUGAGAACGUUCACAUUUUCAGUAUAGAAUGAAUCAGGUAACAUCUAAAUAAAAUGAAAAAUGUACAAUCAUUAGGCCUACAAGUUUUGAAUAAUCUACCAAAUGAGUUGGAAAAGGGUUAAAAAUUAAAAUAAUUUUAAAGAAUUGUCUUCAUAGAUGAAAGGGCCCAAGCUACAGAUGUUACCUGUGUGCAAGUUUUAAUAAGUGUACAUAUGCGAUGUACUGUUGUAACCAUGUCUUGUUUUGUUAGUGAACGCCUGCUAUUCGUGGCAGUGUUUUUGUCUGUCAACAUUUAGUGUGAUGGCAGUAACGUUUGUUCAUUAGUUUCUAAAAAACAUUUCCAAGCAUAAAACAUCUAGUGUUUGGAAUAAUUUCAUCUGGCUAUUAGAGGCACUUUGUCCCGUCAGUUGUCCGUUCAGAGUCAACAAUAGGCUCUAUGUUGCGUUUAUGCUUGAGGAAUUAUUGUAAAUAAGCCUUACGUCGCCGAUUAGA